AGCGGCAGAAUCGCUGCACACACCGCAGACCGAGCAAUCGGCUUAGGCUUAUAGAAUAAAGAGCUGCGUUACGAGUGGAAAACCAGGCACUUUUUCCGUAUAAGUAUUUGGAUCCUAAUGGCCUGUUGAUAGUGACUUUUUUCGCGUCUUUCUGUGCCGUUACUGUUGCAGCGCGAGACUUUGGAGACGAAGACAUCCCGAAAACACAGAAGCACCGACGUGGAAGGAAUAUUACGUUUUUUACGGGAUUAUCGGAUGGAGCGGAACACCGAGGCGCGGAGUUGCAGCAGGUCCCGGUGUCCGGAUCUCCUCCACAGCGACACAUCCAUGAAGGUAUCGAUCAACUCCACGACAGGAACCCGCUUUGAGCUGUCCGUUCCCCCGGAGGAGACCGUGGACGGGCUGAAGAGGAGACUGGCGGAGAAACUCCGGGUCCCCAAAGAGCGACUGCUGCUGCUGCACCGAGACGCGAGGUUAAGCUCAGGAAAACUGCUGGAUUUCGGUGUGGUUGACGGAAGCAGACUGACGCUGAUGCCCACUGUUGAAGCCGGACUGAUGUCGCAGUCGUGGCGGCCAGAGCAGUCGGUCCUGCAGGCGCUGGAGAGUCUCACAGAUGCGCAGGUCAGUGACUUCCUGUCAGGACGGUCCCCGUUGACCCUUGCCCUGCGUGUGGGCGAUCACAUGAUGUUUGUGCAGCUCCAGCUGGCAGCUCAGCAGUCUGUAGGGCAGCCGUCCGUCUCCAGGGGUCCUGCGGGCACCAACCACAUCCACCAACCGGACGCACAACACUCCACGGGCCCCGCCCCUCCCUCACCACCCGUUAGCCACGCCCACUGUGGUCAAAGCCCCGCCCCGGCCCCGCCCCGAUUUCAGGCUGAAGGCAGCACUCAGAGCCCCAGACAGCGAUGCAAACCAGGCGCCGUCAUCGAGAGCCUCGUCAACCACGCGCCUGGAGUUUUCUCAGGGACCUUCUCAGGUACUUUACACCCAAACUGUCAGGACGGCAGCGGGCGUCCUCGCCGUGACAUCACCACCAUCCUCCAGAUCCUCAACGACCUCUUGAGCGCCACGCGACAUUACCAGGGAACCCCUCCGACCCUGGCGCACCUGCGCUGCCAGACGCCCUGCCCUCCGGCUGCGCCCUGUUCACCUCCACCCUCACCUACCUCAGACGGGCAGCAGCACAGACACCUGCGCAGGCCCUCCGGCGAGCGUCUGCGGCAGACGGAGAACAAGGCCACGCGCUGUAAAGUGGAGCAGCUGCGGCUCUUACUGCGACAGCGGCGGCUCCGACGGAAGGCCAGGAGGGACACGCGCGGCCCGUAUCACUGGCUGACCGAACGCAAGGCCGCGCGCAGCCACAGCAACAGCAGCCUGUCCAGCGACGGAUCCCUGGACCUGGACUUUGAGGAGCCGGUCUGGAAACCCGACGUGUCGUCGGACAUGAACACAGAGUUUGUUGUGGCUUGAGCCGAACAAAAGGAUGAAAAUGUGCUGCUUGAACGGCCUCAGGACAAAACAUGGGCAUUAAUGUCCGACUGUGAAGCAGAAGCUGUGAAACACUUCAGGAGCCGCUUUAUGGGCAUUCAUGGUCUCGUCGUCACAGGCGGUGAUGUUCUUCCUCAGUGUUUCUGUCUGUUUUCAAACACAAAUAAACAUUCUUAAAUCAAGAUAUUGGAGAAGCAAAAUGAUUUUCAGUAAACAAGACUUAAUAUCUUCAGUCAUUUUGCUUCUCCAAUAUCUUGAUUUAAGAAUGUUUGUGCUGGAAAAUGAGACAGAAACACUGAGGAAGAACGUCAUGUUUGCAGCGUUUGAAAUGAUUCUCAGUAUGCUUUAUGGAUGUUAUGAAACGCAGUAUGUAGCAUUAUCACGUCAGGUGUUCAACUCUGCUUAGAUGAUGUUUUUGCACAGUUCAUUUCUCUUGUGAGCAUUAAAAUAUUUUUGAUACGUGUUUUAGAGGACAGUCUCACAUUCAGUCGAAUGUUAUUUUCAGCCUUGAGAUCUGAGAUUUGGCUUGAGAUUUGGGCAAAUCUCAUGAAAACAAGUACAGCUCAUAUUUCACCCCAAAAUCAAAGGAAAAUGGAUAAUAUUUUGUACAUAAAAGAGAAUAAAUUAAGCCUGUUUUAGGACCAUUAACAGUGUGAAAUUUUGCAUAACAUUUCAGCACAUUUAAACCCUGAGUCCUUAUUACUGUAAUGCAAAAAAAUAAAUAAAUUUUAUAUAUAUAUAUAUAUAUAUAUAUAUAUAAAAUAAUUAUAAAUUUACAUAGAACAAAAAAUUAUAUAUAUAUAUAUAAAUACAAAUAUAGUAGAAUUCUCAGAAUGAAGAUUUCUUUUAAAAUUGUGCUAAUUAUUAUAUAAUACAUUUAUAUAAAAGAAAAAAAUAUAUAUUAACAUUUAUGUAAAAGAAAAAUGUGUGUAUAUAUAUAUAUAUAUAUAUAUAUAUAUAUAUAUUAUUAGUCAAACCAAAAAUUAUUCAGACAUUUCUGAUUUUUUUGAUAUAGUUUUACUAGUGGGUUCAGGACACUAUAGUUUGUGAAGAGAGCAAAAUACAGUAAACUGUGACCAUAUUAUACCCAAAAAUUCUUCAUACCAGUAAAACUGAUACAAAUUUGGAACCAAAAAUUAUUCAGACACUUUGACCUGACCAUGUUUUACUUAACUGUUAUCUGACAUAAUUAAGAUUCAUUUUUUCUGACACAGUUUAACUCUGAGAUCUUGUCAUAUUUUAUUAUCAUAUUUUUAAACUAUAGUGAAUAAACUGUAUUAAUGAAUGAAAUGUUCAGGGUGUCUGAAUAAAUUUUGGUUUGACUGUAGCAUUCUCAUUAUUCUCAGUCAAGAUUUGUUUAAAAUUGUAGUCUUCAUUCAAAAUACAGUUUCUCAGUGUGAAAUAUGUCCAGUACAUGUUUUGUGAGAUUCACCCAUUAAUUUCUAUGACACAUUAAUUUAAGAGUCAUAAUGCGGCAUGUAUUUUCAUGUUCUUGUAGCCCGGACUCAGUUUCUGUGGUUUGUAUGAUGAAUCUGAGCAUUUUUAACAAAUAAGAUGGACUGUUUCCAGAAGCAAACGUAUCCGUUUCUCACUUACUGUACUUCUGAAAUGAAGAGAAGGAAACAUUACUGUCAUUAUGAAAGCUAAAACAAACCUCUUACUCAUUUCUUUCUUCUUCUGGACACCGGAUAAAGAACGGCACACAUGUACUCAGUGACUGCGGCCUUAUUUUAUCUUUAAGGAACAACAAAUGCAAAUAAUCUGGAUCGAUGUGGAUUCCCCAAAACUCUUCUAUGAAUGUCUGUUUCCUGUUACUGGCAGACUGUGGAAUCUGGAAGGCGUCAGUCAAUUUUGAACAAGCGUGAACUGAACUCUGAUGAGCGACUGAUGUCACCUGCUUUUCAUGCAUCAUUGAUAAUGAACCCGUCCUUACGUUUGUCUCCUUCUGUUGGGUCUUUGUUGUCCAGUUUAUGCAUCAGAAGCGCUUCUGUGAUGAUCAUGAAGGCAUGAAGCGGGACUCAGAGAGUUGAGCUGGUCAGUCUGUCGCUUCAGAAGCCGUGUAGCACAUUCAUACGACUGUAUUAAAUUAUAAAACCAUCUGGUAACUGUGAAACAAUGUGGUUUUGUGUUACUUUUCCUUCUUUCUCAUGUGUUUUUGUCACAUUGUAAACCGUCCCAGCUAACGGAACGUUCUCUCAACGUUAUGAACAAACGUUCUUCAGUAACAUACGUUCAAAGCUCUCUGGUCUUUAAUAAUGUUGAGCACAAAAACAUUAUUUAUAUAUUUUUUUUUAUGAAACAUUUUAGUUUGAUGUUCGUCUAACAUUUUUUAAAUGUUACUAGUUUCAGAGAACAUUCAAAUGUAACGUUCUCAUAAUGUUUGCAGAAUGUUCCCUUAAUGUUUGUGUUUCUUAGAACAUAUUUUUGUCAGCUGGGAUAGUGUUAAAAAUGAAGACGUUUUUUCAUGAGCAAUAAAUUUGUGUGGCUUGCAAUUUAGUUUUUAUUUCUUUUUAGGUAAUAAAUUAAGAUAAUAAUAAA